AUGGUUCCACGGGAUACCAGUAAGGAUGUCGCAGACUCAGUAUCUCGCUUCGCAGCACAGGACAAGACACCAUGGUAUCGAAAACCAAACCUACGCCUUCUAUACUUGCUUCUGUUUCCAGCCUGUAUCGGGGUAGAGAUGACUAGUGGAUUCGAUUCUUCAAUGAUGAAUGGCCUACAAGCUGUGGACUCCUGGGAUACCUUCUAUCACUCUCCUCGAUCGACGCUUCUUGGUCUAAUGUCAGCAAUUUAUUCCCUUGGUGCCAUCGCUGUACUUCUGUUCGUUCCCUAUGUCACCGAUCACUUGGGACGGCGGUGGGCAAUUGUCUUUGGAAGUGUCCUCAUGAUAGUCGGCGCUGCCCUCCAGACGGCAUCCCAGAACUUCGCUAUGUUCGUAUGCUCUCGUCUUGUAUUGGGCUUUGGUAUUCCAUUCGUGAUCGUAGCCGCUUCAUCCCUCAUCGGAGAGCUGUCACACCCUAAGGAGCGCGCUGUUCUUGGCUCCCUUUUCAGCUCUUGCUGGUUUAUAGGGUCGAUCGUUGCCGCUGGUAUUACGCUUGGCACGUUCAACAUGGACAGCAACUGGGGAGGCGAAGAAGCGUAUGCGUCCCUCGUCAAAUAUCACGCCGAAGGCGACGUUGACUCCGAGUUCGUAAAAGCCGCAUACGCCCAGAUUGAGAAGACUUUGGCGUUAGAAAGGGAAACGGCCAAAACGAGCUGGUUGGAGCUGGUUGCUACUUCUGGCAUGAGGAAACGCCUUAUAAUCGGCUCUUUACUGCGACUCUUUACUCAGUGGAGUGGUAACGGUCUAACAUCAUACUACCUGGCUCGAAUCCUGGACAACGUCGACGUGACAGACAACCGUACGAAGGAUCUCAUCAACCUGGCGAACACAUACUGGAGCUUUUCAACGGCACACUAUUUAAGCGGAGGACCGUAUACCCGGUAUGCGGGUAUUACAUCUAUCCUUUUCAUAUUCACGGGAUGGACAGUGGCUAGUGCAAAUUACACUCGGACCGAGAGCCACGGGUUUAUCUUCCUCUAUAGUCCGGCCUACAACAUGGCCUUCAACGCAUUGACAUACACGUUCCUCGUCGAGCUGUUCCCUUUCCACGUCCGAGCCAAAGGGAUCACUGUGUUCCAAUGGUUCAGCCGUACGGCUGGAUUUUUCAACCAGUUCGUUAACCCAAUUGGAAUAGCUAACGCCGGUUGGAAAUACUAUCUCAGCUGUGUCAUCUGGAUUUUCAUCGAGGUGCUCGUCGUUUUCUUUCUCUUCCCCGAGACGUCCCACAAGAUACUCGAAAUCGCGGGCCUUGCAUCAUUAAAGACGUGGAAAUGA